AUGUAUUAUGUAGUGAUCGAUAUUUCGUUACAGUUUUGGAUUAACAAAACCUUGUUUUAUGGUAUCACAGUGGAAUAUUUUCGUGCAAUGGUCAAAACUCUGUUCUGGAUUAUAAGCAACAAUAAGCUUAAUACUAGGGCUAAUUUAGUCACCAAGGGUUGGCAAGGUGAUCCUCGCUGCCCACAUUGCAACCUAGUGACAGAAACUCAAGAUCACUUGUUUAUCCACUACCCAUUUGCAGGUUCUGUUUGGUCUUCUCUCCUUCCUCAUGUCCCUGAGGGAAUGUGGAACUGCAGAAAUAACAUGAUAUUUAGAGAUAUCCAAGCUAAUCCCUCUCAUAUUGCAUCUAAUAUCGCUAGAUAUACCAUGUUUUGGACAGGGGCUGAAGAUGAUAGGCUUGCAAGGCGGCUUCGAAGGGCAGCUCAUAAUCUGAAGCUGCAGGAUAUAGCCAAGGAAAAUGUAGCAAGGGAUAUCGGUGACAACUUCUCAAAGAGUACUAGUUAA